UCCAAACUGUUUUCUCACCUUUCUUGGCUGUCACUCAACAAAGCAAAGAGAGACAGUAAUGGCGACCAAAAACCUUCUCGCCCUUGUGGUUCUUCUUAGCGUCCUUGGAGUCUCUGUUGCCAUUCCAAGGUUUAGGCUUGACCUCGACUACUACCGGUCUAAGUGUCCGGACACAGAGCGCAUUGUCCGCCGUGUCACAGAACAAUAUGUUUCUCGCAAACCAAGCCUCGCCGCUGCGCUUUUAAGGAUAUAUUUUCAUGACUGUUUCGUCAGAGGAUGUGAUGGCUCCAUUCUUCUCAAGUCUCCAAACAAUGAUGCGGAAAGAAAUGCAAUUCCCAACCUGUCCCUGAGAGGCUAUGAAGUUGUUGAUGCAGCCAAGUCAGCGCUCGAGAAGAGGUGUCCGGGUAUCGUUUCUUGCGCUGAUGUUCUUGCCUUGGUCGCCAGAGAUGCAGUCUUAGUGAUCAGGGGACCAUGGUGGCCAGUUCCAUUGGGGCGCAGGGAUGGACGCAUCUCGAGAGUUUCCGACGCAAACGCAAACUUACCAUCCCCUUUCGCCAACAUAACCACGUUGAAGAAGAACUUUGCUGACAAGGGUCUCAACGCUAAAGACCUUGUCGUUCUCUCAGGGGCUCACACCAUCGGGAUCUCUACUUGCGCUCUCGUCAACAGACGUAUAUACAACUUCACAGGCAGAGGCGAUUUUGACCCGUCGAUGAACCCAAGCUACGUGAGGACAUUGAAGAAAAGGUGCAAGCCCAAUGAUUUCAAAUCCAUAGUGGACAUGGACCCAGGCAGUGUGAAGAGAUUUGACUCUCACUACUUUAACGUGGUGGCUCAGAAGAAAGGGCUCUUCACAUCUGACUCUACCCUUCUCGAUGACUUUGAGACCAGACAUUACGUUGAGAUUCAGGCCUUGACUAAUGGGAUUUCUUUCAAUAGAGAUUUCUCAGAGUCGAUGUUCAAACUUGGUUUUGUCGAAAUUCUCACAGGGAGAAACGGUGAGAUCAGGAGGAAAUGUGCUUUCGUUAACUAAUUUGGAUCGUGAUCGAUCGACGGUUAUUAUCUUCUUUCUUGCAUGGAAAGUUUCUUUGUUUGAGUUUUUUGGUGUUGUGUUCUGUUUCUUUCUUCCCUGAAUAAUUGUAAAAUCUAUCAAGUAAACUAACAUGUAUUCUUUAAUGUUUGUGAUGGAAAAAAAUGUGAUUCAGAGUUUUGAA